UUUUACCAAGUAAAAUUCAGUGUCCAUUUCAAUUUCCCGCUUUCCAUCGAAAAAGGGCGUUUUCCCCCAAAUUGAAGAACAAGCAAUAAAAUUGAGAGGGAAGGAAUCCGCGCAAAUUCAGAAAUUCCCAGAAAUUGAGUUCAGAAUCAAUCGAAUUGUAGAAUGCACCUUAAUCAGUUUGAGAAAUCUCCAGAAAUAUAUCAUCAGGUAGAGAGCAAUGAACAGCAUGUGUCAGAUGCUAGUACUUUACUGGUCGCCUCGAUUCAAGAAGCAAAAGAUAAAAUUUCCCAGAUAGAAUACAUCUUUUGUAGUCAGCUUUACCCAAAUUUUCACAAGACUGCAAAAUCCCUCAAGAAGGUAUAUUUGGAAGCUAGGAAUGCUGCUGAAAAUGAAUGGAAAGAGAGGCAAAGUGAACUCGAGAUUCAAAUGAAACAGCUUUUUCUUGAAAAGGAACUAGCCCGUGAUGAAUCAAAAGCUUUCAGGGCAGAGAAGUCAAGACUACUAACAAGGGUAGCUGAACUGGAGGAUAAGCUGUUGCAGAAGGAAAAGGAAUUCGAUGAUAGAAUGAAAUCGCAUGCUACGUUACUUGACCUUAUGGAGGCGAAAACCACCACUAUCAGAGAGAAAGAUCUACUGAUGAAAGAGCAUGAAGAAAGAAUGAAGCUACUUGUUACAAAAUCAGAAGAACUCGAGGGAAAGACUGAUGCACUUAAUAAAGAGAUUCAGGAGAAGAAGAAUGAGAUAACCAGCGAAAAGGAGUUAACCAAGGAUUUGCAGAAGCAAAUUGAAUCACAAGACCUGAAGAUAAGAAAUACUGAACAGAUGCUUAGAAAAAGUGAAGAAGAAAAUAAACAACUCUUGACGAAGCUGGAACAUGUGGAAGCCAGUUUGGAUGGUCUGAGAAAUGAGCUUAGGGGGAAAAAAUUCGAAGCAGAAGAGGCGAAGCUGUUGCAUGAGAACUUAGUGCAGAAAGUCAAUUGGUGUGCUACUGAGCUGACAAAGAAGAGUCAACAGCUGUCUGCUCAUGACAGAGAGAAACAAAUGCUUCUGUCUGCAGAGAAGCUGAAAUAUAAUAAUCUUCACGCAGGUUAUAAAAAUCUCAAGUCGCAGCUAAACUAUCUGCUCAAGAAGUUUUCUCUCACCAAUAAAGAUCUACCAAUUAAAGCAGAAGAAGAAAGUGAUCCAUUGAACAAUGAUGAAACAGAUUUUACAUUGUCUGAAAUCAGUAAAAGAAAACCAACAAGUACAGUUGUAGCAUGUGAAUUGAACAAAGUGAAGAAAGAGAUGAAUAUUAUGGAGAGCUCAGAGAAUGAGAAAAUUGGCAGACAAAAUCAGAUACCAAGUUCCAAGGCUCCAUCUGGUUCUGACCCUGCUACUACUACUACUACUGCAACCCAUUGGACCACCAGUGGGAAGACUAGAAACUUGAGCUCAUUAGCCGGAGGAAAACGGCCUGGAUCUGGUUGGAGAGAGACUCGAGCUCGUCAGAGUCCUGGUGGUGCAGAUCCACAUGAUGAUUUUCUUGAUACACCCUAUGAAGAAAUUAGGGGAAACAUGCACAAGACCGUGAAGGAUAGUAGUGCGCGUGAUGAUGUUACAGCUGAAUGUGGUCCACAAGGAGUGGAUUCAGAUGAUGAGACACAGGACAAUGACAUGAAAGCUGAAUCUGCACCCAAAAGGCAGCAAUUGCAAGCUCUUCCUAGUAGGUCUGGUGAUGGUGAUGGUCCAAGAGGAUUUAAAUAUGUGGAACCUGUUCGGAAAAAGGCUGACCGGGAAAACUUGAAUGGAAUAGAAUGCAAGCAGUGCAAGAAAUUUUAUGAUGCUGUUCGUUCUGAUGCUAAAGAUGGCGAAUUUGAUAGGGAAAAUCUUCGAUGUGAGCAUCACGAUGGGGUUUCAAGGCAUAGGUACAGUUCCAUUGCUCUGGAUAUCUUCUGGCUCAGGCAUGGUUUCUUGCCGGAGUUUGUAGUUCAAGAAAUUGAUAAAAAGAAACAAAGAAUUGCAGCAAAAACCGACGAUUAUCCCUUAAAAAUCCAGGUUUUGGUGCAACAGUGAAAGCUAAUUUGGGAGUUUCUAAGUUUCUGGGUUUUCGGGUGGUCAAAUUUGGUGGAGGAAAUGGAGAAGUGGGGAUUGAAGUUGUAGAAAGGGUGUUAAUGGAGUUUCAGGUGGAGGAAAUGUAGAAGUGGGAUUAAAGUUUCAGGAGAAAGAAAGAUUUUUUUGUUAAAUUUCUUUUAUACUCCUCCGUAUCCUACAGUAACACCCUUUAAAUUCGUUGACGAAGAGACUAAGAGAGUAAUUACAGGACAUGUUUCUUACUCUAAUUAACUUUUUGUUCCUAUGUCAAUAAUUUUUUUUUUUAAAAAGUUA